AAAACAAAACAAGAUUUUACCGAUUCGUAACAACUCUUCUCUUCACACUUUCUCUCUCCAGAAAAACAAAACAAAAACCUCUCUGAAGAAAAAAUGGCGUUCCCGUAUAUGGAAGCAGUAGUUGGAUUUAUGGUUGUGAUGUAUAUUUUUGAGUCUUACUUAGAUUUACGACAACAUAAAGCUAUUAAACUACCAACACUGCCUAAAUCUUUACAAGGUGUUGUUAGUAAUGAGAAAUUUGAGAAAUCUAGGGCUUACAGCAUUGACAAAAGUAAUUUCCACUUUGUUCAUGAAGCUGUGUCGACGCUUAUUAAUACACUGAUUUUGUACUGUGGGGUAUUGCCAUGGCUUUGGACGAAAUCGGGAGAAUUUUUGGUGUCGUAUGGGUUUAAUGUGGAGAAUGAGAUUAUUCAUAGCUAUGCAUUUCUUGGCGCUGUUAUGAUUUAUUCACUGAUAACUGAUUUGCCAUUCUCAUUGUACUCUACCUUUGUCAUUGAGGCUCGCCAUGGUUUCAACAAACAAACAUUGGCUCUUUUCUUCAAGGAUCAGUUGAAGAGCAUUCUCCUUUCUGUGGUAAUAGGACCCCCAAUUGUUGCCGCAAUAAUAUACAUAGUGCAGAUUGGAGGACCAUACUUGGCCAUUUAUUUGUGGUCGUUCAUGUUUGUUCUGUCCCUUGUGAUGAUGACCGUGUACCCUAUCCUAAUUGCUCCACUUUUCAACAAAUUUACCCCACUUCCUGAUGGAGAACUCAGAACAAACAUUGAGACUCUUGCUUCCUCUCUGAACUUUCCUCUGAAAAAGCUCUUUGUGGUUGAUGGAUCUACAAGGUCAAGCCAUAGCAAUGCUUAUAUGUAUGGGUUUUUCAAAAACAAGCGUAUUGUGCUGUAUGACACCUUGAUUCAACAGUGCAAAGAUGAGGAGGAAGUUGUUGCUGUUAUUGCCCAUGAACUGGGUCACUGGAAACUCAACCACACUACCUAUUCAUUUAUUGCUGUUCAGAUUCUGACUUUACUGCAAUUUGGAGGAUACACUCUUGUGAAGAACUCAAAGGACCUGUUUCAAAGUUUUGGGUUUGACACACAGCCAGUACUUAUUGGGCUCAUCCUCUUUCAGCAUACUGUGAUUCCCGUUCAAAGCCUUGUCAGCUUUGGCCUCAAUCUUGUCAGCCGAGCUUUUGAAUUCCAGGCGGAUGCAUUUGCAAAGAAGCUUGGUUAUACGACUGCGCUCAGAGGGGGUCUUAUUAAACUGCAGGAAGAAAAUCUAUCAGCAAUGAACACGGAUCCAUGGUACUCUGCCUACCACUACUCUCAUCCCCCACUUGUUGAGAGGUUGGCUGCGCUAGAUGAGACGGAUAAGAAGGAUAAAUGACUAGAAGAACAGGAGAGCUUUCUAGCACCUCUUUGUAAGACAGCUUGAGCAAUCUUACUGCGUCAGAUUUAAACUUGUUUUGUCACCACUUGCUCACAUUGAAACUAGAACCAUAAAAACAGAAUUUACACAAGUAGCAUUAGAAGCUGAUCUUAUAGAAUAGAAUCCAAAUUGGCUGUAAAAAGAUUGUGUUAAUUUUGUUUAGUAGCUGUGAAUUAUUCUCGACUAUGAUAUAAAACUACGAUGGUUCUAGGGAAAUCUGUUACUUAAUGUAUGUUAAGGAAAAGGCAGUGAGGGGUGGUGUUUUGCGGAACGGUGCAGAAUGUAAGUAACCAACAUAACUUGAGUUCACAGUUCGCAUUCUUUGGUCAAUGGCUUCGGUGUAAGCCUAUUUCUCUUUCUGUUUUUGUUAUUGAACGUUAUCAAUAUUAUUAGUAUUAGGUUCGUCUUUCAUGGUGA